AUGCCAGGCCUCUUUCCACCGCCCGGUCUCUCUCCCCCAAGCCCCCCGAACUCGUACGAGAUUGCCCUCAGUGGCCAGAAACCAUCAGCAGCUGACGUGCCACCCUCUCCACCGCCCUACAGACAGUCAAAGGCCUUCUCGCCUUUGACCCUUCCUCGACACCCCGCGCAGUUCACAAAGGCACUUGAAACAGUUGACGAAGAAGCCAUCUCCGAAUCCGAGUCCGAUUCGGACCAUUCCGGUAACACUGACUCCGAGGAGCCAAACACACCGUCAACGAGCACCUACUCUGUCUCCCACCCUACCACGCCUUCCUCGAGUACUUUCCCCCGCGCAAGCCUCCACACCCGAGUAGACACCCUUGAGAUCAACUUCGAGCAUCUGAUGAAACGGGUCGAUGGUCUCCGUCGUAAACUUACCGACAUGCGACUUGAUGUGGGCGGAAUGGAGGACACUUUGGAAGGCCUGGAGAAAAAGAAGAAACGGCCUGCUAGUGAAUGA